CAACCGGCUGUCUCUCAGUACCCACGCGGGCAAUACCGCAUGACCUCUCGCAGCCGUGAAGCAUUGCCGUACAGAAGCUUCUGCUGCAGCACCAACACUCUCGGCGUUUCGUGAUGACGUCACGCGGAUUCGUCACGAGUAACUAACCUUGCGCCACACUCGGGCUCCGACUAAUGCUUGCUCCAACGCUAAUCACCUCGUGGCUCUCGUUCUCAUAUAUUCUCCCUCUACUGCUUCUUCAACUUCUCUCCUUUGCCAAUCAACGACUACUUCGGAAUCAGGAUUCGGAGGGAAGCCGGUCGUGUCUGCAUCAUGGCGUUCCCCGGUUCUGCGAAUCACACGCAUAUGCAGCUCCCGCCGUAUAAUGACCAUAUUCUUACCAUCACAGAGAGGUCAUGUGCGGAUCCAUAUGUGCUUUGGGACAAGGGGACUUAUUAUAUGACCUUCACGUGCGGCGACCGCAUCGAGAUAUGGUCGGCGGAUAGUCUCUUCGACUUUGAGAAGCGGUGUCGUAAGGAUGUGAUAUGGCGCCCUCCACCAAACACACCCUAUUCCGGCGACCUUUGGGCACCCGAAAUCCACUCCCUUUACGGUCGCUGGUAUCUCUACUUCGCCGCCGACGACCCCGCCCAAGGCAACCGCUCCCACCGCAUGUACGUCCUUUCCGGCCCGCCAUCCGAUCACUCACCACUCGACUCCUCCGCUUGGUCCUUCCACGGCCGUCUUGAAGGCAUGCCCCAAGAUCAAUGGGCCAUCGAUGGCACCGUAAUCUCUCUCCACGGUGGCCUCCUCUUCGUGUACUCAGGCUGGCCGCUCGCCACCAGGUCCGACGAAUCGAAGCAGGAGAUUUACAUCAUCGAGAUGGCGUCCCCGACACAGUGUACUGGCCAUCCUAUACGCAUAAGUACGCCGGAUAAUCCAUGGGAGUACUCCGGCAAGAGCGGGAUCAAUGAGGGACCGCAGUUCUUAUGCUCUCCGGAUGGAAGAUGGGCGGGAAUCGUGUAUUCUUGUGCGGGGAGUUGGACACAUGAGUACAAGAUGAAUGUGCUGUACUACACCGGUGGGCAUCCGCUAAGUCCGACGAGCUGGGCCAAGUCGAACCGGCCACUACUGCAGGCAAGCCGCGAUGACACGCCACCGUAUGGGCCAGGUCAUGGGAAUUUCGUCGCAGUCAAUGGACCCGGAGGACAGGAAGUAUGGGCCGUAUUUCAUGCGACGGAUGCAAAGACGGGGUGGGAAGGCAG